CCGCGAUGUCGAGAGGUCAAAGCCGCCACUGCUUUAUCUCUUCCCCUUGCUGUUGAUGAACUCUUCCGACACUCGACGGAAAUCACAGAUGGCCCUUGAUCAGUUCAAGUCGUUCUUUCUCCAGGACCGCAAGCCCUCGGUACCAGACCUUUCCUCACUCGGGAAUCAUGAUGGAACUUCUACAUAUGGCUCUGAGCUAUUGCUCGCUUCGUACGGCACAGAAGAAGUCAAUGUGAAUGAUCCUGAUCAACUUGUCUACGACCUCAACACACAUGAAGUCGCCAGCGAGGAAGAGGGGAUUGUAAUACCCUGUACGGAAACCUGCUUCGACUUUGAGUUGACCGGUACUCUCCGCAUAACAACCAUCCACACUACCUUCAACCCACCUAUAGAUGGGCACCGCGUCUCUGCCACCAUCACGUACAGAUACCCAACGCCAAUGUGGGACGGCCAUAUAUUUUACAUCCCGUUUGAAUCUGCCUUCCAGACCUCCAUCGGGGUGAACAUAGACCAGAUCCUCCGCGGGAAUCGCUCCUGCUUAAAGAGUCCGGGGAGAUAUCUCAAGGCCCUGGAUGGGCUUCCGUUUAUCGAUGUCGUAUUCCACUCGAACGGCUACCUUCCGCAAUACAUUCGGAUCGCACUGCGGUGCGCGCAUAUCCCUGCCCUCCGGAAUAUUGACGUCGCAUUCAAUGUUGCGCUCGGGUAUCGGAAGAUCAUGAUGAGAGAAGAGUCAAAGAUCUCUCCUUCGCGUACGGAUGAGGAUUUCCCCGUUGUUAUAGAUGAAAAACGUCUCAACCUAGUGGGGCUAUAUUCUAGGGAUUCAUCGAGGCGGGUGUGGUGGGCUGAUGUAGCCAUUUGUGACUAGGUUAGGUAUAUUGUUGUGAUCUGUGUCAUGGCCUUCAGGCAU